CGCAAGCGCAACGCGGUCGCGAGUGGGCGGAGCUGGUCGGGAUGAGCGGCGGUGGGACGGAGACCCCUGUGGGUUGCGAGCCCGCCCCGGGCGGCGGCGGCAAGAAGAAGGACUCUCUGGGAUUCGCGGGCUCGCCGGCGCACCUCAUUAUCAAGGAUCUUGGAGAAAUUCAUUCAAGGCUCUUAGAUCACAGACCAGUUAUCCAAGGUGAAACCCGUUAUUUUGUGAAAGAAUUUGAAGAAAAACGUGGUCUUCGAGAAAUGCGAGUUCUUGAAAAUCUGAAGCAUAUGAUCCAGGAGACAAAUGAACAUACUCUUCCGACGUGUAGAGCAACAAUGCAAGACAACUUAAACCAAGUUCUCCAGAGAUUGCAAGCAGCUACUGACUCGGUCUGUAGACUCCAGCAGAGGGAACAGGAGCGAAAAAAGAUUCAUAAUGACCUUUUGAUAGCUCGUGAGAAACAGCAGGUGACGCAGUGGGAGGACUUCAUGAAAGAGCAGCACAGCAAGCAGGCCGAAGUGGACGGGGAGCACGGGAAGGCCCUGGAGAAGCUCAGAGAGCAGUAUGCCGAGAUGGAGAAGGGCCUGGCCAGGUUCUCAACCUUCUGAGCAUGUGAGCCACAGCAGUGACGAACUGCCGAGGAAAAGCUGACCAAAAACGGCUCCCACCCAACCAGCUAGCCUCUGCUUCACGCUCAGCAAAAUAUUCGAUGGCACCCUUCUGUCGGAAGACGGAGCCCUCUCCUGGGGCCUUCGCUGUGUCCUAGAGGAGUGCCACCUCUUUCCAGUUUCAAGUGCCUCUAAAUGAUCCUUCGAAGGGGAAGAAGCUGGAGGAAAGUGGUGUCCACAUGCUCUCGGCUAUUGUGGACCAGUCGUGGUUUCCAUUGAUUGAUUAUCUCAGAGAACGAACCGUAAGUACAGACUUCUUAGGGAAGUAAUGUAAUUCAUCCUUCUGCAGGGUUAAUGUUAGUUUAUCAUUAUGGCUUAGAAAGCAGAGAUGGUGUCUGCCUGUCAUGGCCUCCUUGGCUCUUGAAGGAAUGUAUAUGGUGUUAUUCCAUGAGUAAUGUAGACAGAAACAGCUGUCCCAGGAGCAGAGAUCAUAGUGAAGAGAGAGGAGCGUCAGACCGCAUCUCUGCUGUGACAUGGGGCCACGCUGGUCUCUGAACAGUCCGCUGGGAGAAGUUGUCGUAUAACGCCGUGUUUUCGCUGGGCAACAAGACACGCUUGUUAAGAUUGUGGCCUUCCAACAUUCAUGUUUUCAGCUUUGUUUAAAACAUGCUUACAAGGAAAAGCUUACCAGAAACACAGUUGACUUUGAACCUUUUCAAGAACCAUAAUCUUGCCCAUAGUCUUUACCUCAUUUUUACGUCUGUUUUUGCUGUGGGUAAGCUUUGUAAGAGAAAUAACAUCUCUACAUGUUUCAGCCAUUUAAUGAGUAAUCAGCAAAUUCUGCCAAGGCCUCCCUCUGGAACCGUAUAAAGAUCCUGGCUCUGAGUAAACCAGAAGUAUUUGCCCACACGGCAAAUGAUCCAUGUUAAAUGUAAAUCCUUUUUAGUGUUGAACGUCUGUCCUCAUAAGCAGGUGUAUUAUGAUGAAACAUGUACCAGUUCUGUCAUCACUGUGAUCUUUAAAAAUCUGCAUUUAACGGUCUAAUUGAGGAACUAAAUAGAUUUUUUUUUUAAUUUACCAUGAACCAAGCAGAAUUUUAUGCAGUAAUUUCGAGAUGAAGGUGAGGUAUGGAGAGGCCUCUCGGGUGUUUUCCUCGUUGCUCUUCAGUGAAGAAAACACCCAGCUCGCUUGUGUUACCUCAGUGUUGCUGCUGCAGAAGAGUGACAAUGCCCGCCUGUGUGAAUUUAUGGCUUACUGUCAAGGCUUCAUUCUUGGCUGCAUGUUGAAAAUGUGAUUAAAGUUAAUAGAGGAGAUGAAAUAAGUAUUUGAGAUUUCUUUCAAUAACACAGAACUUCUGCCAACUCCCUCUGUCCGCUACUGUAGGCUUGACAGGCUCAUCCAUCAUCCUCUGGUACCUGGACCAAAAAGAGUACUUGCUGACAUGCAGGCAUGUUGGAAUUUUCUUAAUUCUCUUUUCAGUGGAUGGAAAAAGAAAACAUACUUCCAAAAAUAUCCUGCACAUGAAAAGGGAGGGGAACCCUAAAUGAAAAUUCCCUUUGUACUGUAGGCAGUUUCAGAAGAGCUAUUAAUUGCCAGUGCACCGCUGAACAGAUGCUGGAACCAGGAAACCAGGGUCGUGUGUGUGAGCAGUAACGAUUCCUCCACUUGUGCAUAGAUUUUUGACCAUGUUCAUUCAUCUCGUGUGAAUAAUAAAUACUUUACCAUAUGAGUUUGUAUAUAUUAUAUGAGGAUCUAAGGGCCUUCUUAAACCAAAAUGACUUUAUGAACUUUUUGAGCUUUAAACAUUGAUGCUAAAUCUCAUCUUUGUAACUUUUUUAGCUACUCAGUAUACCUUAAGAAGAGAUGGUUGGUUCUCUUUCCUUUUAAUAUUUUUAGUAGUGAACACUUUCACUUAUAUUUCUCAGUUUCUAAAUCACUUUUGAUAUGUAUUUUAUUUAUAUAUAAGAAUUUGCUUUAGUGGUUAUAUAAUAAACAGAUUUCUGCUGUUAUGGUGUCUAGCAGAAUAUGGCUUCUCCGUGGCUCACAGGAUUACUGUCUAAUGAGAAAAUGAAAUAAUGUUUUGUCAAUUUAAAGUGUAGACAUGUUUGUUUUUAAAUUCUAACUCUUUUUUAUUUUCUGUCAUGAUUUCUUUUUUUUUUUACUUGCAUAUGUGGUUUUUUUUUUUUUCCUAACAUGUAGACAAAAUUUUAAGUUCUGUUCUUACUGAUUUCUGCUUUCAUUGGACUGUUGUCCAAGAAUAGAUUCAUAUAAGACUGAACUGUUACAACUUGUUGAGAUUUGCCAUCUGACUUAAAAUAUGGUCAGUUUUUGUAAAUGUUGUGUUAGUGCUCGAGAGUAUGCCUAUUUCCAGUUGUUGGGUGUUCAUUAGACCAAACUGUUAAUUGUAUUGGCCAGAUAGUCUCUAUUUUAAUGUUCUUUUUUCUUCUACUUGAUCUUUCAGAUUCUAAGAGGUGUUAAAAUUUUCUGUUCUAGUAGAUUUUCUAAUUUCUCUCUGUAAUUGUGUUAGUUUUUGUUUUAUAUGUUCUGAAACUUUGUUAUUCCAUCUAUUACAAGUUUAGAAUUAUUUAUCUUCCACAUUUAGAAUUGAAUCUUACAUUUGUUGUCACAGCUUCUAUUUCUAACAAUGUUUUUAUAUCAUUUUAUGUUGCCUUAAAAUCUUAUGUUUCUGAAAGAAAUAUUUAUAUAGGCCACACCAGCUAGUUAGUGUUAGUAUGGUAUAUGUUUCUCUGUUCUUCUGUCAGACCUUUAUGCUGUGUUUUCAUGUACCCACUAAAAACUAACUAGAUUUUUUUUUUUCUUUCUAUCUAUAUUUUAGCUGGAGACGCUAAUUGAUUUACAUUUGUGGAAAUUACUAACAUAUUAGGGUUUAUUUAUACCAUCUUAUUGUGCUUUUUGUUCUACCAUUUUAUCAUCUCUCUGCCCUUGGGUGUUCCCCACCCCCAUCUUCUGCAUUGAGUUUCUUGUUUUUCCAUCUACUUUUUCUCUGCUAGUUUAAAAGGUAAAACUCAAAUUUUGUCUUUUUAGUGCUUACCGUGAAUUUUAGUUUGCAUUUUAGUAACAGAAUCUAAAGUUUUAUGUUUUCACUCUUAGGCUGAACAUCAGACUUCUGAACACAAUCUGAUUGCCUUCCCUUAAUUUAUAAGUGUCUAGAAUUUUAGUUUUAUCUCCGUUUAAUUCCAAAAUAGUUAUUGUAUACAGUCAGUAUUUGUUUAAAUUUACCUACAAGUUUACUGUUUUAUUGUCCUUGAAAGUUAGCUGGGUAUACAAGUCUGGAUUGGCAGUUACUUUCUCUCAUUGUUUAAUAAUGCCGCUCCACUCUUGUGUUGCUUCCGCUGAUUCUUCUGAAAUGACCCUUGUUAGCUGGUUAGUGUUCCUUUGUAGGUAAUCGGUCUUCUCCUUUGGGUUAUGUUUAAGUUCUUUAUCUCUGACAUGCUGCAAUCAAAUGUCAUUAUACUAAAACCUGUCUGCUGUGGAUUUCUUUUUAUUAAUCUACUCAGAUUCACUGAGCUGCUUGAAUCUGAGAGUUGGUGCCUUUCAUGAAUUAUGGAAAAUUUUCAGCUUUGACCUCUUUGAGUAAUAUACCUUUGCAUGUUCUCAGUUCUCUACUUUAGGAAAUCAAAUUAGACUUAAGUUUUACCAUCUCACUCUGUUCUUUAUAUCUCAUAAUCUCUGUUUCAUAUUUUUCUCAUUGUCUCUGUGUUGAACACUAGAUAAUUUCUUUACAUCUGUUGUCCAGUUCACUAAUUGUGUUUUCUCGCUGUCUCUAAUGUAUUUAACCUGUCUAUUGUUCUUAAUUGUGAUUAUAUUUUUUCAUUUCCAGAAAUGUUUGGUUCUUUCUCAAACUUCCUUGGUCAUUUGGGGUAGUUCCUCUAUUCUCUCUUUUUCUUUUCUUUUAUCAUAUUAAAUUUUCUUAUUUUAUAUUCUGUUUAUGAUAAUCUCAAUAUUUUUAUCCUUUUUUUGUGGAUCUGAAUCUAUAGUCUGUUUUGUCCAAAACAAGUGUAUGACUUGUUUUCUGAUGUGAUCAGUGAAUUGUUGUUGUGCAUUGACAUUCCUCUGAACUCCAUUUUGGGGAAUUUUUGAUACAUUCCAGCAGACAAGUUUGCCAUGUUGUUUUUUCCCAGCACUUGCGUUUUGGGCCUGCUAACCCUGGGCCGCAUCAGGGUCAGAGCUCCCUUGGGUUUCCCCCGCUCCUUCCCUGUCCUUCAGCGUGUCUGUGUGCUCGCCGACACGCACAGCCUUGUGAAUUUCCUCCGCAGACACGCAGCAGUGUCAGGCCGUGAUAAGGCAUUCCUGGAGACUUUUUUCAUCCUUCAUAUCUCCACUUGGAACGCAGCCGAGAAAUGUACGGUGUUUCCUAGCUCACACCCUGAGAGGGGCCUUUGGGGAGUCAUCAGUGGUGUUGCGGUCCAGCUCAGUCCCUCUUGUGGGUUGAAUCGUGUCCCCCAAAUUCAUAUGUUGAAGCCCCAGCCUCCAGUGCAUCUGUAUUUGGAGAUGGCGCUGAUAAGGAGGUAAUUACGGUUGAAUGGAGUCAGAAGGGUGGGGCCCUGAUCUGACAGAGCCUGUCUUACAAGAAGAGACCGUCUCUCCAUGUGCACACAGAAAAGGUGGCUGUCUGCAAACUAGAAAAGAGGUCACAACAGGAUGGAAUUUUAUGGCGCCUUGAUCUUGGACAUCUUGCCUCCAGACCAUGUGAAAAUGAUUUUCUUGUGUGUAAGCUGCCCGUCUGUGGAGCUGUGUUACCGUGGCCCGAGCAGACCAACACAGUCCCAGGCCGUGAUUCCUGCCCCCCAUGCAGGUGUAGUCCUUAAAACUGGGGUCCUUCUAGGCGUCAGGGGUGGGACCUGGGACAGUUAUCAGUUCCGUAGCCAAACUGUCUUGUGGAAUUUCAGCUUUUCCCAGUAUAUCUUCAGUUGUGUUCAUUAAUUUGCCAUGAGCUCAGCCAUAUAAAAAAAAAAAAAAAUAGUUUAAAUUUUCUCCAGCAUUUCAGUUGUUCAGUAGCUAGUGAGAUUUCUCUAUACAGAAAUAGUGUGUGACACGCCUUUAUUUAAAAUGGAUAACCAACAGGGACCUACUAUUCAGCACAGGGAACGCCUCCCAGUGUUACAUGGCAGCCUGGAGGGGAGGGGAGUUUGAGGAGGAAUAGAUGUGUGCGUGUGUAUAGCUGAAUCCCUCCGCUUUUCACCUGGAAAUACAACAACAUUGUUUGUUAAUCAGCUGUUCAGUUCAGUCGCUCAGUCGUGUCCGACUCUUUGCGACCCCAUGAAUCGCAGCACGCCAGGCCUCCCUGUCCAUCACAAACUCCUGGAGUUUACUCAGACUCAUGCCCAUCCAGUCAGUGGUGCCAUCCAGCCAUCUCAUCCUCUGUCAUCCCCUUCUCCUCCUGCCCCCAACCCCUCCCAGCAUCUUUUCCAAUGAGUCUUUUCCAGUGAGUCAACUCUUCGCAUGAGGUGGCCAAAGUACUGGAGUUUCAGCUUCAGCAUCAGUCCUUCCAAUGAACACCCAGGACUGUUCUCCUUUAGGAUGGACUGGUUGGAUCUCCUUGCAGUCCAAGGGACUCUCAAGAGUCUUCUCCAGCACCACAGUUCAAAAGCAUCAAUUUUUCGGUUCUCGGCUUUCUUCACAGUCCAACUCUCACAUAUAUACAUGACCACUGGAAAAACCAUAGCCUUGACCAGACGCACCUUUGUUGGCAAAGUAAUGUCUCUGCUUUUUAAUAUGCUAUCUAGGUUGGUCAUACCUUUACUUCCAAGGAGGAAGCGUCUUUUCAUUUCAUGGCUGCAAUCACCAUCUGCAGUGAUCUAAUCAGCUAUACCUUAAUACAAAGUAAAAAGUUAAAAAUGUCAAAAAAUAAAGUUACCCAAAAAAAGAAAUGGCAUGUUAGAUAGGUAUACGUGGAUUUUAUUAUGUUCAAAUUUCCCUCCUAAAACACCAUGUCCAUAUUCUAGUAUAAAGGAUGAUGUCUUUUCUUUCAGUCAUUGUGCCUAAUGUUUUCUAUUUGGUGGUUUCUUUUUUUAUUAUUGUUAUUAUUAGGUUUCUUGUUGUCUGUAAGCUAAUUUUAUUGUUUCUGUUCCGUUGAAUUCUUUUCACUAUUCGUGAGCUAAUAAAAGCAAAUAAGAGCAGAGUAGUCUUGUUUUGAACCUGCGUAACUCUUAACCUGAGUACUUCAUUUUGGAAUUUUCUUUUCUUUUAGGACAUUAUUGUAGUUUGUGAAAAUGUGCCAGGUCCCUGUUAUAAGUAUGUAGAUAGAAGUACUAGAUUUGUGGUAUUAACCCCAAAGUUCGAUGAAAAUCAGGAGAAAUCACAGAUGCCUCCAAUGUACAUUGUGAAUUCUCCUUUUUGCUUCUGUCACACAUAGGUUUUUCAGUCUGAACACUUCUGUUUACUUCUUGAACUGUCUUCUACAGUACGUAUGUUUCAAUACAUUGGGUUGUGGUUGCCAUUGCAAAUUAAAAGGCAGAGGGUUUUAUUGCUUUGUAAUUUGGCGUAAUGAUUGCCUUUUCUGAAAUUGUACCCUCAGGCCUCUUUUUUGUCAUUUUACAGCUGUAAGUCUUUAUCUCAGGAUGAAAAAUAUCAGAAAAAAAUAUUUAAAAUGUUAAUUCAGUCAAACUAUUUGAAGCUAGAUCAUUAUAGAGAAUGCAUUUUUAGUAGCCUGCUUUUAGUCCUUCAGAAAGGUUUUACAAUUAUUUCAUUAAUUUUCAACUCCAAUUAAAUGCAGAGAUUAAUAUUUUAUUGACUUAGUGUAACUCAAAGUCAUACAAUGAAUAGAGGAUGGCAAAUUAGUUGUGUCACUUAUUACCUGCUCUUUCUUACUCUUCUCAUUUUUUUAACUGCUAAAACAGUGUUUUCUUGUGACUUGCCUGUCCACCUUAGCAAAGCCGUAUUUUCUCUGAUAUUUUCAUAUUUGUGUUCCAUAAACAAGAGGAAAAUAACCUGGGUUUUCAAACACCGUGCACUCAACAGAGCAAUAAAUUAACAGUUACACUAUUUUGAUCCUCACAAAAGUCCGGAUUCAAACUAUCUGUGGAAAUAGUCAAUUUAUGGUAAGUAAAUACAAUAAUUAUAUCUGUAUAACACAGCUUACAGUAUACUUUUUAAGUGCCUUAUAUAAUGUAAUCUUACUUCAUCCUUCUAAACAAGAUGUGCUCACUUUGAUUUUAGAGAAAGAGUAAGACGGUAGAAAUAUAGGGAAUUUAGUGUUUUGGUCACCUAAUGUUGAACUGGCAACCACACAUCAGAUAAACAGUACUUUUAUGGUUCAAAAAAAAAACAACUCCUUAAUGUGUGUUAACUGAUUGACUUUUUGCUGUAUAGCAGAAACUAACACAUUGUAAAUCAACUAUAUACCAAUAAAUUUUUUUGAAUGAAAAA